AUGGAGAGAAGAGAAAGAGGCAACCCUGAAUGGUUCACGAGCAAUGGCGAAAGCUCUGGUAUGUCUUCAUCAUCGUCGAGGCAGAAUAUCUGGAACCCGCCAGCGGCGAUGCCGGAAAACCGGUCGCCGUCUUACUCGUCGAGUUUUUCUUGGGUGGGAAACCCUCCCCAGCAGAGAUUACCGACGACGUUGCCGGAAUCCCGCCCUUUUCAACCUUUCCGGCCGGAGAACAACAAUCUAUACGCUCCUUUCUCCUUCGGCAGGGAGAACGUUAGCUCGCUCACUGUAAACCCUAAUCCAUUUAUCGAAGAUGAUUUCAGCGCCCUGAAUCUCUCAACCCCCAUUCGUCAGUCUCCGGUUUACGGCGGCUCUCCCGCAGUGGGUUACGGCGGCGGGUCUAUUCAGGGAACCAACGUUAACUCAGCUUUGGGUUACGGCGGCGGGUCUAUUCAGGGAAACAACGUUAACUCAGCUUUGGGUUACUGCGGCGGGUCUAUUCAGGGAAACAACGUUAACUCAGCUUUUGGUUCUUCUAGUAUUGGAAUGGGUUAUUCUCGGUUGCCGUAUCCCCCGGCGCCGGAGAAUUCCUAUUUGCAGAGGCUGAGAGUUCAAUCGGCUGUAAGGGGACAGAUGGGUUUGUGCGUUCAGCCCCAACUCGAUCACAAUUCAGAAGCUUUUCAAAUCCAUUCGAAUAGCUUGUAUCCAAAUUCUGUAAAUAAUAAUGGGGGGCCAAGCGGUUUUCCGGCGACAAACAGAAUCCCCUCAAUUGUAUUUCGGCCCCCGGCAAAUCCAGACUCGUUUCAGUUGGUUCCCAAGGCCUCAAACAAUUCAACUCGAAACGGGUUUAGGCUCGAAACGAAUUCCCGCUGCAGGCUGAAAUCAAGAAACAACAGAUUCAAAGCCGAUAAUUCGAGCGUCUCGAGUUCUUUGUAUAGCAACGAUCUCUAUCCCACCGGCCGGCGUUCGAGUUUCUCGUCGUUGGAUGAACUGAGAGGCAAGAUUCAUCUCGUGGCGAGGGAUCAAAGCGGCUGCCGGUUCCUGCAAGGAAAGUUUGAGACCGGCUCGCCGGAAGAAGUCGACUUGAUUUUCUCGGAGAUCAAAGAUCAUGUCCCGGAACUAAUGCUGGACCAGUUCGGAAACUAUCUCAUUCAGAAGCUUUUCGACGUUUGCAGCCCCGACCAAAUUACCCAAAUCCUUCUUCUCUUGAUCGGUGAUGAGAACCAACUCAUCAAUAUAUGCACUGAUACAUAUGGAACUCGGGCGAUGCAGAAGCUGCUGGAAUGUGUUAAAACGCCGGGGCAAAGAUCUCUGAUUUCGUCUGUUCUGGGGCGGAACGGCCUUUUACUGUGCAAGAACUUGAAUGGUCACCAUGUGGUUGAACAUUGUUUGAAAUAUUUCUCUAGGGAGGAUAACAAGCUUCUCAUAGAAAUAGUGGCUGAUAACUGCCUUGAUGUCGCAACGGACAAAAGCGGAUGCUGCGUUCUGCAACAAUGUCUGCCAAAUGCCGAGGGAGAAACCCUAGAGCGCAUGAUGGCUGAAAUCAUAGCAAACGCGGUCUUCCUUUCUGAACAUCCUUAUGGAAAUUAUGUUGUGCAAUAUAUGCUGGCGAUGAAGUUUCCUGAGGCUAUAGAAGAGAUAUUGGCACAGCUUGCUGGUAAUUACGUCUCCAUCUCCAUGAACAAGUAUGGAAGCAAUGUGGUGGAGAGGUGUCUGCGCGAUCUGGAAUACGAUCAGGUUGCGCAGAUCAUCGAGGAGAUUAUCCAUAGCCCGAACUUCUUGAUGGUUCUUCAGGACCCUUUCGGGAACUAUGUCGCGCAGCGCACCUAUGUCACGUCGAAGGGAGCUCUUCGCAGCACGGUGGUUAACCUGAUUCAAAUACAUUACCCUUUCCUGCACAGCCAUCCCUACGGGAAGCGGGUGCUGGCAGUGAUCAGAGGCAGAAAGAAUCGCGUUUAG